AAUCUUAAUCAGUAAUUUACUAAUGAGUUGUUAAUAAUUAACGGGCUGUUAUAUCAUUAAAUGUCCCAGGAACAAAAUUUAACAAGCCGUUAUUAAACAGAACAUUUAACUGAAUGGCUUGUAAGUUACUCACUCUUAUUUUAAGCAACCAAAUUGAAAUGCUUAUUUGUGACAUGUCAUUUAGACGAAGUUCGGUAAUAUUUUAUCUAGUCGUAUAAUACGUCAUUUGUUGUGCUGCGCGACCAAUUUCAAAAAUCGUUAGCUCCGAGUGAUUUCAAUGAAAUGUUAACUACUUUUGAUUUAAACCGAUUAAAACGUCAAAUAAUUAUAACAUGGUAAUAUUUAUUUUUGAGCUGAGGUUAUGCAGCAUUAUUUUGUGCUCUUUGAUUGUGUUUGUGGUGUGCUUCUUAUUGAAUAUAAAUAACUAUGUCAAAGAAAACACGCGGACCGAAUUUUUCGUCAAAUGAAAAGGAAAUCCUUGUUCAUUUAGUUACAAAAUACAAGGAUCUAAUUGAAAAUAAGAAAACGGACGCAGUAACUACUGCGAUCAAAAAUGAAGGAUGGAAGAAACUAGCGGAAGAAUUUAACUGUUUGAGUUCAUUCUAUGUUCGAAACGUAGAACAAUUAAAAACCUGUUGGGAUAAUAUUAAACGCACUACGCGAAAAGACAAAGCUGCGACGAAAAAAAAUAAUUUAUUAACUGGAGGAGGGAGGUCCGAUAUUCCACCACCAGGACCUCUACAAGGACAAGUGGAAGUGCUACUUGGACCUACAUUAGACGGAUUAGAAAAUCCCUACGAUUCUGAUAUUCAGUUUAUAGAUCAGGGACUAACUGGACCAAAAACUUUAAUAGAAAUGAUUAAUAAAUCAGACGUUGUAGUGACUGAUUCAGAAAAACAGACAAUUCUGGAUGUCAAUGCUGCUACUUCUUCAAAAACAUCUCAGGAUUCCACUCAAGAAGAUAAAGGUUGUACAUUGCAGACAAAUGAAAUCAAAGAUGACAAUAUCUGA